AUGUCCAUAUCUAUGCAGCUCCACGACGAUCUUGAGGAUGCCGCGAAUCGAAUGCGUAUCUCAGCUAUUGAAAUGACGUCUGCUGCAAAGAGUGGACAUCCGACUUCUUCAACAUCUGCAGGCAUGCAGGUAUGCCACUUGGUUAGCAAGGGUUACAAUAGUAUCGCUGCUGCCACUGGAGAAUCGAGAAUCGCACUCACUGAUAUAAUGGCAACACUUUUCUUCCACGAAAUGAAAUAUGACGUUGCACACCCGAAGCUGAUUAGCGCUGAUCGCUUCGUGUUAUCCAAGGCAAGCCAUGGUCAUGCUUGUCCUAUCCUCUAUGCAGCUUGGGAGGAAGCUGGUUUGCUUACCAAAGAGGAGGUCAUGUCUCUGCGCAAAGUAACUUCAGACAUUGAAGGACAUCCUACGCCGCGUCUUAAUUUUAUCGAUGUUGCGACGGGUUCACUUGGGCAGGGUUUGUCGUGUGCUGCUGGUAUGGCUUACGUAGGAAAAUACAUAGAUAAGGCAAGCUAUCGGGUAUAUUGUCUAAUGGGAGAUGGAGAAACAGCUGAAGGUUCAGUAUGGGAAGCUGCAGCUUUUUCAUCUUAUUACAAGCUUGACAACUUGGUUGCCAUUGUUGACGUCAAUCGCCUGGGUCAAUCGCAAGAAACUGCUUUGGGUCACCGCGUUGAAAUUUAUCAGGCUCGAUUCGCCGCUUUUGGAUUCAAUGCCAUUGUCGUCGAUGGGCAUAACAUUUACGAACUCAUCAAGGCGUAUGAAGCGGCGCGAAACACUAAGGACAAACCAACGGCCAUAAUUGCAAAAACAUUUAAAGGCCAAGGUAUCGAGGAUAUCGCGGAUAAAGAAAAUUGGCAUGGCAAACCCGUUCCUAUCGACAAGAUUGAUGCUAUUAAAAAACGUCUGCAUGGAAGCCAGAAAGGAAAAUUGGUUCCUCAGAAACCCUUGAAUGAUGCACCAAAUGUUGAUCUCCACUGCGGUUCCAUCAAAAUGGCAGCUCCUACGUAUAAAAUUGGUGAAAAGGUUGCAACGCGAGCCGCCUACGGAACUGCCCUGACCAAACUUGGAGAUGUUAACCCUCGCGUCAUUGGUCUUGAUGGUGACACAAAAAAUUCAACCUUUUCUGAGAAACUUCUCCAGAAGCACCCACAACAGUUUAUCGAAUGCUUCAUAGCUGAGCAGAAUCUGGUUGGUGUUGCUGUUGGAGCGCAGUGUCGUGAUCGUACAAUUGCGUUUACAAGCACAUUUGCUGCGUUCUUUACACGUGCUGCCGAUCAAAUUCGUAUGGCUGCUGUAUCGUUCGCUAAUUUGAAGUGUGUCGGAUCACAUGUCGGUGCCUCUAUUGGUGAAGAUGGUCCGAGUCAGAUGGCUCUUGAGGAUUUGGCAAUGUUUCGUGCUAUUCCUGGAUCAACCGUAUUUUAUCCAUCGGACGCUGUAGCAGCUGAAAGAGCUACCGAACUCGCAGCAAAUACAAAGGGUAUCGUGUUUAUUCGUACAAGUAGGCCAGCACUACCAGUGCUCUAUGGCAACGAUGAGCUUUUCGCUAUUGGAAAGGCAAAGAUAUUAAAACAAUCACCAUCUGACAAAAUAGUUCUAAUUGGAGCAGGAGUUACUCUCUAUGAAUGUGCAAAAGCUGCAGAACAGUUAGAGAAGGAAGGAGUGCACUGCUGUGUUAUCGAUCCCUUUACGAUUAAACCUUUGGAUCAGAUGACGAUUGUUGAUCACGCCAAGAGAGUUGGUGGUAGAAUACUUACAGUUGAGGAUCACUAUCCUGCUGGAGGAAUCGGAGAGGCGGUAUCAUCUGCGGUAGCUGACCAUGCUGAUAUCCGCGUUCGAUCGCUGUGCGUUCAACAAGUUCCUCGGUCCGGAUCACCAGAUGAACUGGUUGAUUUGUUCGGCAUUUCUGCCCGUCACAUUGUUGACGCUGUGAAGAAAUAUUGA